AAACGCCCAUAAUCCUUUCCUAAAAUGACCUUUUGUUUGCUUCUCCGCUACCGCCGAAGUCAGAGAUAGCAUUCCCUGCUUUCUCUCUCUCUCUAAAGUCGAUAGAUCUCUUUGCAAUUUUCUCCCAAACACCGGAUUUUCUCGAGAAAAAUAUUGCACUGAUCUUCUCUCUGAUCAAUGCACUUUUGAGGGAUCAGAACUAUGUCGGACGCUUUGAUAAAUGGAUUGGCGGGAGCCGGUGGAGGGAUCAUAGCUCAACUCAUUACGUAUCCUCUUCAAACUGUAAAUACUCGUCAACAAACAGAUCGUGAUCUCAAGAAAGAGAAACGGAAAGUUGGAACUAUUGAACAAAUGCGCCAGGUUGUUAAGCAAGAAGGAUGGGAACGGUUGUACGGAGGAUUAACGCCUUCAUUAGUUGGUACAGCUGCAUCUCAGGGUGUUUACUAUUAUUUCUAUCAAAUAUUCAGGAACAAAGCUGAAAUUAAAGCACUUGAAAACAGGAAAAGGGGGAUUGGUGAUGGAUCUGUUGGGAUACUUUCAUCACUCAUUGUAGCUGCUUUAUCAGGGUGCGUAAAUGUGCUGUUGACUAACCCCAUUUGGGUCAUUGUGACACGUAUGCAGACUCACAAAAAAGUUUCGAAGAAAGUUAACCCUAAUAGGUUGGCAACUCCUGUCCCGGAGGAUACAGUUCUUUCUGUCUUCGACCCUCUUCCUUACGGAACUGUUCAUGCGAUUCAAGAACUCUAUGAUGAAGCUGGAUUUUUGGGCUUCUGGAAAGGUGUAUUCCCAACAUUGAUCAUGGUCAGCAAUCCGGCUAUACAAUUUAUGCUGUAUGAAACGAUGCUGAAGAAGCUUAAGAAACAACGAUCUCUUCUUGGUACCCCAGGCAACAAUGGAAUAACUGCUUGGGAGAUAUUUCUUCUUGGAGCUUUGGCAAAACUGGGAGCUACUGGUGUGACCUACCCUCUUAAUGUAGUAAAGGCCAGACUUCAAGCAAAACAGGUUUCAACCGGGGACCAAAGGCAUCAAUACAAAGGGACUUUGGAUGCUAUUCUAAAGAUGAUCCGAUACGAAGGCUUCAACGGAUUUUACAAAGGUAUGAGCACAAAAAUCGUACAAAGUGUUCUUGCAGCUGCCGUAUUGUUCAUGAUCAAAGAAGAACUCGUCAAGGGUGCUCGAUUGUUGCUCGAUAAGGGCAGCAUCCAUACUGUGAAAUCGAAGCCUCCUUGACUCGAAAAAUUCUUUUGCUCUUCGCUCCGCCCCGCCUCCGAUCACUUCCGAUUUCAACAUUGGUAAGUUACCGCUCAAUUUAUUCAAAGCUUGGAUUGUAUCAUAUAUUAUACCUAUAAAUAAAGGGAUAUAUAUAAAAUGAUUACGUGUUGAAAUAAAAUCAAUGUAUAAUUCAAUU